AUGAACCCAUCGGAAGCGGAAGCAGGAUUACCCGCACUCUCCACCGUGGAGACGAAACUAAACACCACUUUCCCUCAAAAUAUGUCACAGUCCACACUGAGGGGCAAGGCCGCUAACAAGAUAAAUAUCGAUCAACCCGCGCCCGACAAUUACAGCCACACCUUCAAAUUGCUGAUCGAUAAUCGCGGUCACAUCUUUGAUGUCUUCGCCACCUACACACCGGCGAUGCUCCUGGCUGCGUGCCUUUCCUUCACAGGCUUCUUGCUCUUCGUCUUUCUGAAUUGUAUUCGGCCCCGAGCCUCGUCACGCCAAAAGGAUGUUCAGGUUGAGAACGUUUCUGAAAUCGCUUUUUAG